AUGGAUAGAUGCGAACAAAAUCUCUCCCUUGUUAAUACUACUAUGACACGGACAGAAGAACUUUGCAUCAACCGUCAGCUUAUUCUCACUAUGCUUUCACCAUCAUGUCGCCCACUUGAGACUUCUUCAACGGUCCGAGAGUUUGUAGCCGGCAUACGUGAUGCUAUCAUUGGACAUCGCAACUUAUAUGAAAGCGGGAUGAUUCUAGAUGACUUUAUGGCAGAAAAUAUCAUUCUGUCUAAGCCAGACGAAAGAGGUGUUAGCAAAGGCUUUCUGGUUGAUUUAGAUAUGGCUUCUUUGCGUCGGAACCACGACGAUUGGGAUUGUCCUAAAGCUAUGAGUGGCAUCAAAAAGUAUAUGGCGCUGGAACUUUUAGAAGCUAUUGACGAGAAGGAAUACACCCUAAAGCAAACUUACCGUCAUGAUCUUGAAUCAUUCUUUUACGUUCUCAUAGCUGGAUGUAUGAGCUAUUGUCGUAAAGAAGCACCAAAACAUCUCCAAUACUGGCAUUCGGAUAACACUAGGUUUUGUUUCACAUCAAAGCAAAGUGAUAUCAUACUUCAUUUUCAAAAAAAAAUAUUAAAUUACUUCACGCCCGUGUUUGAAUGUGUUCAGGAGCUGGCACUGAGUCUUCGCCAAAUACUCUUUGAUGAUAAAUCGGUUGGAUACGGGACACCGGAAAAUCCUAACGUGCUGUACGAUCCUAUAAUUCGUGCCUUCGAUGACACUAUCCGGAAACUCGAAGCUGAUGUUCGCGAAAGAAAUAAAGAUGAUUGUAUUCGGAUUGAAGCAUAG